GUUUAAGGCAGUUUUCAGGGGAAACAAAUUGUUGGCUGAAUUCUUGUUGAUAUCUUGUUAGCAAAAUAAAGGAACCUAACGGUUCUAGUUAGCUAUAUUUCCUGAAAGUACAAAACUUUAUCAAGAAUGAUGCUUCACUCGCUGUGCGUCCCUGCAAUACCAGCCUUCUCUGCGUCCUGUUCCAAAACUAUUAAGGCCUGUACUAAAGCUUCCUCUCCAUACCAACCACUUUACCUCAGAUUUCGUACAUCUCAUGUUGAAAAUGUUCGGUAUCUAAGGACCCUUGGUGUAAUAGACCCUGUGUCCAGGCAUCGAAAACUACCUUCACCCGAUACCAUUGACCGAGUCCUCAACAUUGUGAACUUUCUCAAAUCCAAGGGCUUUUCGGAGUCAGACUUCCCACGCCUUGCUUAUCUUUGCCCGGGGCUCUUUGCUUCUGAACUCGAUCCUACAGAUAUUGCACCCGUUUUUGAAUUCCUCACUGUUGAAGUAUCGGCUUCAGCGCAAGAAUCAUGUAGUUUGAUCAACAAGUGCCCUCAAAUACUAUUUUCAGACGUUGAAUACUGUUUAAAACCUACCCUUAAUUAUCUCAGGCAACUGGGAAUAGGGAGGCUUAACUUUCCAAGUACUCUAAAUGCACAUUUGUUGAACACACGGGUGGAGAAGCUUCAUGGGAAGGUUAAGUUUUUGAGGAGCAUUGGCUUGACACAUCAAGAAAUAGCAAGAAUCUGUGCACGACUGCCAUCCAUCUUUGGUUACAGCAUUGAUAACAACUUGAGGCCCAAGUAUGAUUAUUUAGUGGAGGAUAUGGAGAGGAACUUGGAAGAACUGAAGAAAUUUCCACAAUAUUUUGCAUUUAGUUUGGAGAAAAGGAUAGCUCCGAGGCAUUUGCAUCUAAAAAGGAGAAAUGUUAAAAUUCCAUUGAAUAGGAUGUUACUAUGGGGUGAUGAGAAAUUUUAUGCAAAGUGGAAAUGAAUUAAAAAUAAUUGUUAAUUGUUGGUGUCUUUAAUUUCCACCUUUGUAUUCUACUAUAGGAAUAAGUGAUGGAUACUUGUUCUCAAAUAGUUAGAGAAGUCCGUACUUUCUUUCAUAUUUGGGAUGUAUGGUUAGGUGUAAGAUACUUUGUCUUUACGGACAAGGAACAGAUGUUUCUGCAAUAAGAUUUUCCUCCAGAGCAUAAAUGAAGUUGUCAAUUUUUAGUUUUC